GACUUUUCGUACUUCUUUCCGUCCGUUGUGUGUUUAUGUUUUGGAUUGAGGUGUAGGAUGUAGGAUGUGGUUUUAUGAUGAUAUAUCCUGUGGGAUUUCUCUUGCGGAUUUUGAUUUCGUUUUGGUUUUGAUUUUUAGCUGUGAGCACACGGAUGGGAUACUGCGGAAAAGAAAUUGAGAGCGGAGGAUUUUCGAUUUGUUUAACUCAUUUCUGGCGAGAAGAAAAGGAAAAGGAAAAUGCCAGCCUCUCAUCAACGACAUCGUCGAUCACCUUUCAAACGUACUUCAUUCCGUCGUACUUCAUCGGGUUCGAGUUCUUUAAAGUCGGUUUCGGAGAUCCAGCCUCAAUUCCAUGAUCAUGUUAAGCCUCAGUUCUCACAUCCCACAAUGCCGGAGUGGGAGAAUGGAGAUAUUGUGAUUCGGAAUGUGGAUGUGGAGAAACAGUCUGUUGCUUUUUAUCCGGAGAUUACUGUGACGGUUUGUCGUGAUGAGAUGGCUGUGGUGAGGAAGGAGGAUGGGGAGAUUUCACAAGCGCAACAUCAAUCUCAAUCUCAAAUAUUCCGGUCCGAAGAUAUAAAAAAAGAAAUGGAAGGGAGAGAUACAAGUCCAGCUGCAAGUAGUGUAUACUCCACCAACACUCUUGGAUAUCCAAAUACAGAUGCGGAUAACGGUUCAUGUUCAUAUACAUCUUGUUCAUCCAUCCCACGAGUGCCAGGACUCUCUCUUGAGACUUUGACUUCGAGGUCUGCGGUUUCUGAUAUUUCGUUUUUGAAUGUCGAGGGGAAAAGUGAUUGUGAGCUGGGUGUAUCGAUGGCUAGUUCACGAAUGGAGAGAUGGAAAAGUUUUGGGAGGGCAAAGGGGAAAGUUCGAGGGUUCCUGGGAAGUGGGAAGGCUAGGGAUGGAGAGGGAGAGGGAGAGGGAAAGGGAAAACAUGGAAAGCAUCAUGAGAAAAAAAUAAGACCUUUCCUAAGGAAAUACUGUCUUCAUCCUUUUAGUAUGAGGAGUAGUUUUCGCUUGGUGGGGUGGAUUGAGGAUCCGGUUGGUUGUUGUGUGGGUCAUGGAGCAGGUUAUGGAGCAGGCUACGCGUCGGGAUAUGGAGAGGUGAGAACGGGGUAUGCAUAUGGAGGGGGAAUAGGAGAUGCGAGAUUAUGGGAUGAAGCGAGACGGAGUGGAUUGGAGGGGGGAUUAUAUUGAGAAGGGCUAGCGGGGAUGGAGAAAGUAGGAGCUGGAGAUGGAGAUGGAGAUGGAUAUGGAGAUGGAGAUAUUUAUAAUGAAAAUGAGGGGAAUUAUGGAUGAGAGAAAGAGUGAUUAUUUUGAAUUUUCUUCUGUUUCUGGGUAUGGUUUUACCAAGGUUCUCUUUGCAUACGUGCAUUCAUCUUCGUCUAGAUUUUAUUAGUGAAUGAGUAUCUUAUUACCA